CGGGCUGCAGCUCCAAACUUCGGCCCUGUGUGCCUCAUAAUUCAACUCGUCCAACAGGAAAACACUGUUAUGUAAACUUAAGUUUGAGGACUGUCUGUCACCUCUGGGAUAAACGACACUUGAGCGACACGUCUGAUUACAAAAGGCAGCUGUUUGGACAUCUGGACCUUCUGUUGAGAUGAACAGUAUUGACACACAUUUACAACCUUUCUGCCAAGCUUUUACCAUUGAAGAAGAGGAUGAUGAGGAGUCAGAGGAUGAAGGGGCCAAGUUCUGUGGAGUAUGUGGGGACCAGGCCAAGGGCUAUCACUUCAACGCUCUGACAUGUGAAGGCUGUAAGGGUUUCUUCAGGCGUGCCAUAAAGCGGUCAACUCCACUUCAGUGCUCAUUCUUGAAUAAAUGUAUAAUAACCAAGAACAACCGCAGAUCAUGUCAAGCCUGCAGAUUCCAAAAGUGCCAAGCGAUUGGGAUGCGCAAAGAAAUGGUCAUGUCCGAGGAGGAAGUGCUGGAGAGGAGAAUCAAAAUCAAGAGAAGGAAAAUGCGAGCUGCGUCGUCACGGCUCUCAGCUCAACAAGAAAAAAUGAUUGAGGAGCUUCUAACAGCACACCGCAAAACAUUUGAUCUAGACUUUUCGAGUUUUAGGGGUUUUAGGCCAAUGGACAGAACAAUUGCUUCUCCCAAUGACUUGAACCAGUUUAUGAAUGAGCCCUAUGACCCACUGUGCAGUCACACCACAGACUUCAGUGCUGCUGCUGAGCAAACAUUUUACGACUUUUUUUUACCCUCUCCACCUUUUUGUUCAUCCUCCACCUUCUCCUGCUCCUCCUCCUCUUCCUCCUCCUCCUCUCCCAGUCUCUACCUGUACUUUGACAAGGAUCAAAACAAAGAAUCUGACCAGAAAAUAAAGUUUUUUACAUCGCUCCCACACCUCUCGGACCUCACCACCUACAUGAUCCACAAUAUCAUUAGGUUCUCCAAAAGUCUGCAGGUUUUCAGAUCUUUAAACAUGGAAGACCAGAUAACACUACUAAAGGGAGCGACUUUGGAAAUGUUGCAGCUACGUUUUAACAUGGUGUUUAAUGCCAAAACAUGUAUGUGGGAAUGUGGCUCCAUUUCCUACUACAAAGAUGAUGUCGUAAGAGCGGGUUUCGAGUCAGUCUUGGUAGAUGCAUUGGUGAAGUUUCACCAAAACCUUCGUAAACUGGGCCUACAGGAGGAAGAAUAUGUGAUUGCACAAGGCAUCUCCCUGUUUUCUCCAGAUCGACCAGGAGUUCAGCAACGCGACUUGAUUGACCAACAGCAAGAAAAUCUAGCACUGACAUUAAAAACCUACAUCGACAGUAAAAGGAGAGGCCCAGAGAAGCACUUGCUUUUUCCCAAAGUGCUGGCCUGUUUGACAGAGCUGAGAACCAUGACUGAGGAAUACAGCAAACAAGUCCUGCAGAUCCAGGACAUUCAGCCCGACGUCUCUCCUCUGAUUAUGGAGGUGAUCAGCAAAGACUUCAUCUAAAGUAUUUUUACUGACAGCACUGUGUAAUCACAAAAUAAAAAUAAAUAACUGCAACCAAACAAAUGCAAGUAAAUAUCCACUGAGUAGCGUAAAACUUAC